CCCGAGUCUUGUGACUGGCCGCACUCAUUACAGGGAGGAGGACACCUGGCAGUGUGUAGUGGCCAGCGGAGCCAGAGGGAUCACCUGGCCGGACUCAGCAUGGAUAACAAGCCGCUCCUGGAGGACCGACCUCCCGCCUACAGUCCCCCCGUACCGGGGGGCUACGACUAUGGACAGCAAACCAACUAUGGAACUAUUCCUGGAGCCCCCCAGCAGGCAGCUCAGACCGUCUACCAACCGCCUGCCUACCCCUACCACACGGGGACCGGAUACAUUGCAGCCCCACAAACAAGCUACCCCAACACUUACACAAUAAUCCAACAGCCAGUGGCAACGACCUCUGUGGUGGUGGUUGGAGGAUGUCCAGCAUGCAGAGUUGGUGUAUUGGAAGACUCCUUUACCUGCCUGGGUAUCUUCUGCGCCAUCUUUUUUUUCCCAAUUGGGAUCCUGUUCUGUCUUGCCUUGAGGCAGCGAAGAUGCCCCAACUGUGGUGCCACGUUUGGUUAA